GGCUUCCUGGACAACCAUUCGUACACUGCCGUCACAACUCUGGCAAACAGAACCAUUGAAUUGUCUCCUUUGGAUUCAGAGGAUGCGUGCAUGGAAAUGGAUCUUCCUGAACUGCUUGAAGCCAUCCGUUUGCAGCGUAAUUCUUUGGAGCCUGGUCCUGUAGAGGUGGCCAGGGCAAUUCGCAAAAAAUUGAAAUACGGCUCAUUCAAGGAACAGUACAAUGCGUUGAAGCUUCUAGAACUUCUGGUCGCUAAUGGUGGUACAGAAUUGAACCAAUUGUACCAUGACUCAAAGCUGCUCGACCGCCUCAAGUACAUCAUUGUGACCCGUCCCGAAGUGUCAGGGGUCGACCCACGUAUUCGCAAACGUGCCACACAGCUGGCUGUUGGUUGGCGAAACGAGCAUGCCAGAACAGGGAACGCAGGAGGUCUUUUUUCGCUUGCCUCUUCCGCAUCAGUGGCACGAGCUGUGAAACCUAAACGGAAAGUUCCAGACUUCAUGAACGACGAGGCUGAUGAAACCCCAUUUGAGGAGGUUUAUGAGACGCCUGAAAACGAGUCGGAUGAUAGUUCACAUAGCAGACGUCACGGCUCUUCCAGAAGUGCUUCGCGGUUGGUGUCUUCAUUGACAAAUCGGGAACUUGAUAAAAAGUACAGGAUUCCGCAGAUUAACUACGAAAAAGAGACUCCCAGGAUAUACCAGACGAUUGCCGAAGCCAACGUUCUCUCAACAACGCUAACAAAUACCCUCAAAACACUGGAACCCGAUGAACUCUCUAUCCACUCGGCCAAGGCGAACAGGGAUUUCGACAACUGCAGAGCCAUCAGAAGAAAGAUUUUGAGAUAUUUGCAGCUAGUCAAUAAAGAGGAGCUCCUAGGGGCUUUGCUCAAGUGUAAUGAUGACUUGGUGCGGGCCCUACAACUUUACGAAGAGAUGGCUGAGCCGCGAGAUGGCGGAGAGACUGACUCGCUUGCAGAUUACGAGACCAUCAACAGCGAGAGAAGAGAGUCGAGCGUUGCACCUGCCACAGGCACUUCUCAGUCAUACCGGUCUGAGAUUAACGAGUUCGACCCUUUCAGCGACCACAACGAAGUUGCUGUCCCUGCGGAAUGGAAAUAAUAUAGUUUCGAAAUCACUGGCUGCUCGUGUUCAAAUAUUCGAAAUCCUAGCACUCUCAUUAGCUAAAUUUUUUUUUGUGCCAACUCUCUAAAUCAUGAUGCUUCCCAUCAAAUCGCAGUUUUCUCGCCCGCUCUCGUUCAAAUUUCCGAGACUUCCGCGUGUGAAGCUUGAGGACUUGAAGCUCAAACCGCAGCCACCAGGAAAUAUUGUCGGAACCGUCAACGACGCUUACGUGCCGCCUGCUCCCAAUGAAUACCACGGCUCGUAUCAUUGGGCCUACGAAAGAAUCGUGACAUUGGGGAUGGCUCCGCUGAUGUUGGCGCCGUUUGUUGGUGGCGUGGAGUAUCCACUUGUUGAUGCAGGCAUGGGGAUGUUGCUUCUGUGGCAUUGCAAAGCCGGCUUCCAAAGCUGUAUUAUUGACUACAUUCCACUGAGAGUUUACGGUAUAUGGCACAAGCUAGCAAUGGGGCUUCUGAGCGCAGGUACCUGGCUGGCCCUCUACGGACUAUAUGUGGUGGAGACGGAACAGAAUGGACUGUGUAACAUUAUUUAUAGCCUUUGGCAGGCCUGAAGAUUCAUUAAUAAAUAUGAAACCGA